AACAAAAUGGCGGCUGCAGAAACCUUCGUCUUCACCCUGUGCAUCGCCUCUGUCUUCUCCACCAGACUUGGUUGCCCUGAAGUCUGUGUCUGCUCUAAUAAAUUUGGACGCUAUUCAGCUGAAUGUGCCAACAAACUCAUAGUGGAAAUCCCCGAUGGCUUCCCUCCCAACGUCACCACCCUGAGCCUCACCGCCAAUAAGAUCCGUCUCAUACCACCGGGGAGCUUUGAUAAUGUCACCAGAGUGACUUCCCUUUGGUUAGGUCACAAUGAAAUCCUGUCCAUCGAACAAGGGGCCCUCGCACCUCUGAUUCAUCUGCGUAACCUAGACAUCAGUCAUAAUAAAAUCAUAGACUUUCCUUGGGACGACCUGCAAAACCUCACCGCAUUGCAUCUGUUAAAGAUGAACAACAAUGAGAUGGUGAACCUGCCGAGGGAUGCCUUCGCCAACCUGAAAGAUCUGAGGUCCCUGCGAAUCAACAAUAACAGAUUUACGACCAUCGCCAAAGGCACAUUUGAUGGUUUGAUGUCUUUGUCGCAUCUGCAGAUUUACAACAAUCCUUUUGCGUGCACCUGCGCCCUCGACUGGCUCCGAGACUGGAUAUCAACGACCACCAUCUCAGUCCCAGAGAGGAGUCUGAUCACCUGUGAAUAUCCUGAGAGACUCAAAGGGGAAAUGAUUGAGAACCUGCCUGAUUCUGAGUGUCUGAGUCCGAACGUCACAAUCAGAACGGAACCAAACAUUCAGGACACGUAUUUGUAUGAGGGCAGUGAAUUGGUCUUGACUUGUGAAUUUAAUGGAAACCCUAAGCCUCUGGUCAUGUGGAACAUUCACAGCAAAAGACAGAAACAAGAGUUGGCUUUGGGCUUCACCGAUGAUGAGCCUGGGGAAUCAAACAAGAACUCUUCAACAUCCCAUAACUCUGUAAAAGUCUUCAAUAAUGGGACUCUUAUUCUUUUGAACCUCAGGAAGGAAGAUAGUGGCAGAUACAGCUGCUCUGCCACCAAUGAGUUAGGUCGAGCUGAGGACUUGGUAUCAGUGGACGUGCUGGCCUCACCAGAACCAACAACUCAUAGCAUAAUGACCACUACACCACCUUACAUGCAAGCAAAUCCAUCAAAACACCACACAACGGACAGAUUAUCCUUUAUAGAUUUAGUGCGUCUCAUUGAUCUAAAGAGAAAAGACACCACCACAGACAAAAUCCCCACUAACCCUGCAACUGCAGCCAUCAGUUACGACUCUGAGGCGGUGACUGGGUCUCCAUCGUCCUACAGUCAGUGUGGGGUGACAGCUAAAACCCGAUACAUUUCCAGCCAUGUCUUCAAUGGGAGUCUGGACGACAUCAAGCAGUACACAUUCGACUUUGGCGUCAUCGCAUUGAGUGUGUCAGAAACAGAAGCGACAGUGCGACUCAACCCCCUCCUCAUGCCCAGAGACAGGAGCAGCAACCAGUAUGAUGAUGAUGUUGAUGAUGGUGAAAGUGAUAUACCUUCAUCAGAGAGCAAAGAGCAAGGCGAUGACUUGGAUUUCUCAAAGAAGGUGCAUUCAAACGGACUGUAUCUGUGCGUCACUGCUGACCGCAAACACUCGGCCGUGCAGUGGUCGAGGAUUAAAGAGGGCGUCAACACGUACACGUUCAGCGGUUUACGACCUGGCACCAACUACUCGCUGUGCCUGAACUACAGAGGCGAGGACUGCGAGGUCCAGGUGCUGUUCAUCACCAAAAGGAGGGUACCCAACCUCCUCAUCAUCGUCUCGGUCAGCAUCUGCCUCCUCACCGUGUCCACGGUGCCGCUGCUCGGCGCUACAUGCUUCCACCUGGUGUACAAAUACCGCAGCAAAACCUACAAGCUCAUCCUGAAGGCCAAAGACCAGUACCACAUGGAGAGGACUCUGGCCGCGAACUUCAACGUCCACGCGCCUCACACCGAGUCCCAGAGGAAGAUCAACGGCAGCCAGCUGGACGAGGAGGACGAGGGCGAGGAAGAGGGGGAGUCGGAGAGUGUGGACGGGGAGAAAGAGGCUGAUACAGAAGAGAGCCUGGUGACUGAGUCGUUUUCCUUGUCUCAGUGCAGAGGGAACGUGGACGACUGCGAGAUGGGAUCCGAGUACAGUGACCGGUUGCCUCUGGGAGCCGAAGCCAUCAAUAUCACAAGCAACUUCAAAUAUCCAAAUCAGUAGCU